UUCGAGAAUAAAACUCUAAUUGUAAUUUGCUUGCCGUCAUCGGAUUUGGAUGUAGCUGCUGUCGUUGCCGUUGUCGUUGUCGUAGUCAUUGCCCGGUUUCGUGUUGGUUCAGUGAAUACAAACGUGUGAUGGGUAUCCGCAUCCAUAGCAAUCAAAGCGAUUGAAUACUAAUAAUAGCAUAAUAUUAACGUGAUAAUCUGAUCGGAAGUGGUGCGGGUGGGGGUAUAAGCCCAGGGAUUUUCCUCCCCAAAAGCAGUUACGUGACAAGACUGGAAAUGUGCAAUAAGAGCCACUAAGCAAAGGCAUUAAUAAAAAAAAAAAAACAAAAAACCCCAUAUCGAAAUCAAAGAACGCAUAAAACAUUGAACUGUGAGGCCAAAAAUUUUGGCAAUAACCGGACAAGCAUGGUUGAGAAGGCCUCGAAUGCGUUUACGCUGGAAAAGCUCCGCAAUCUGCAGUGGGGCAAAGUGUUCCAUCUGUUCUAUAUAGAACCGGUUGUCUUCAUGCUGCUCUUCUCGCACACCCUCUCUGGCACUAUCCAGCGCAACCAGGUCAUCUAUCAGACGUGCACGGUGAUAUUCCACUACAACGAGUCCGAUUGCAAGCAGCUGGACUCGAAGAACGCCAGCGCCGAGAUAAAUGCCAUUGAAACGGAGCUGCAGCCGUAUGUGGCCAAUCUAUUCCUCUCCCGCACGCUCCUGGAGAGCAUUGUGCCGGCCUUCUGUGGCCUGUUCAUCGGCUCCUGGUCGGAUCACUAUGGACGCAAGCCGCUGCUGAUUGUCUCGAUGAUUGGAUUUUCCGCCUCCUUCUUGAUGAUGGCCGCCAUCUGCGAGCUGUCCAGCUACUACGUGGUCAAUCCCUGGUGGUACAUUAUGGCCGCGGUGCCACAUUCGCUGCUGGGCGGAAACUGUGUGUUCUCUGUGGCAGCCUUUUGCUUCAUAUCGGAUAUAACGGACUGCAAGACGCGGCCCUACCGAAUGAUCUUCAUGGAGUCGCUUUUCUUCAUCGGGCUGACCAGCGGCUCGCUGCUCUCCAGCUUCGUGUACGCCGCCACCGGGGCAGCGGCGACCAUAUGUCUCUCCGGCUGCAUUUCCACCUUCGCCACGCUGUUCAUCAUCUUUUUUGUGCCUGAGAGCCUCCACAUACGCCAAGCGGAGGAUGCGAAGAAUGCCACUGCCCUCAAGGGCGACACGUCGAAGGAUGUGCCGAUGACAGCCUGCGAUCUUCAGCUGGACUGCGUCGCCAUCGAUUGCCCGCCGAACAUCCUGAACGAUGAGCAUGAGGAGAAGAGAAGACCCUGCGAGCUGCCCACGCCGGCGACUCCUGCCAUGAGCUUCGACGACGACAUGCUGGCCAAGUACGUGGAGCGGCUGCCCGAGAAGGCCAAGAUGGCCAGAGCCGAGUCGGAGGCGGCGGACCGGAUCAAGAAGGCUGGCCUAUUCAGUUUCAUCCAUAUUAAAGAUAUGAUUAACACUUGCUUCAAGCCCCGCGAAAAUCAUGCUCGCGCAAUUAUUUGGCUCGUCACAAUGGCCAUGUUCCUGUCAAUUUUCGUCUUUGAUGGCGUGAUGACUGUAAUGUAUUUGUUUGUGCGCGAAAAGUUCCACUGGACGGUGAGGGAUUACACAUUCUACGAGACGGUCAGUCAUCUGGUGCCCAUGAUUGGAGCGCUAAUCGGAUUCCUUGUUCUGCGAAAGGUUUUUCGCCUGUCGGUGGUUACGCUUGGCCUGCUGGCCUUCUUCUCGGAAAUACUCAACAAUCUCGCCAAGGGCUUUGCCACAAUGCCCUGGCACAUGUACCUCUCAGUAACCCUGGGCGUCUUCCGCUCCAUAUCGGGACCCAUGUGCCGGACCAUUGUUUCGAAUAUCGUGCCACCAUCGGACUUGGGCAAGAUUUUCUCGAUUAAGAAUGUGUUGCAAUCGUUUGCACCUUUUGUUGCCGCUCCGCUCUACACGCUAAUCUACAAGCGGUCCCUCACCACAUACCCGGGACUAUUCAACUUUGUCAGCGCUUUCCUGUACCUGCUCUCGUUCAUGUUCAUUGGAUGUGUCUUGCGCAUCAAGUUCAGGCACAAGCAGCACUACGCCAAGGUGCUAAAGUGAGGUGCUGCGGCGGAUUUAUGCCUAAAUUAACAUGUGAUCAUACCUAAGUAAUAAAACUUUACGAGUCUACCGAAUUUAAUGAUGCAAAUCCA